UAUAUGGAGCCAUGUUGUGACAAGUGUUCGUGUGACACUGAUUGCUUUGAGACCGGAAGUUGUUGUCCUGACAUGCCAUCGUCCACACCGGUUGAACCGAAGUAUCCUUGCAAACAUUUAUGGGAUUUUGGGAAACUUGGUGAAAACAUGCAUCGUACCAAAGGGGAUGAUAAUUGGUACAAUGUCAUAAAUGAAUGUCCAGAUGAAAUAGACGCUAAUCCAUACCAAAAAUGUUACACACCAAAAGAUAUUCAAGAUUAUGUGAUUGUGGUUGAUAACAAAAAGGGUAAGCUCUACAGGAACAAAUACUGUGCCGAGUGUAAUGGAAUAAAGAACUAUGACCAGCUCAAUUUGCGUAUAGUUUGUCCUGACAAAAAUUAUGUCAGUUACUUUGACCAACUAAAAACAGAAGAAAGACACAGUUAUAUAAUGGAAAACUGUUCCAUAGCAUCACUCCCUCCAACUUGGCGUACUGGGCAGUCACGAUGUUGGCCAAAAACAGAGGUAAUAUCAACUUGUAAUAUGACAGGAAAAUGGGAUUUCUAUGACAACGAUAUCGAAAAAGGUUGUAUGACACAGGGACAGAAUAUGGUUUUUAGAGUGUCUGAUAGAUUUGGACUAGAGAAACAUUAUGCAAACGUGUAUUGCUUUCUUUGCAACACACCUGCUGCAACAAACAAAACAGAUCUCUGCAAAACAAUUAAUACAGUAGACAACAUGAAAACCACUUUAGUGAGUUUUUAUGCUAUUCUUGAUUUGAACGCGUGGGAAGAUGAUGAGGCGAUGGAAAAAGAUAACACCAAAUGCGAUCCGAUGCAAAUAUGGGACCCAUUUUCGAAAUUAUGCAGACAAAUCUUUUGUCCAUCUGGACAAAUGCCAAAUUACGGAAGUUGCAAGGGACUCUUUAGUAAUAUAAAUGGCUAUACACUCGUUGUUAAUUUUGAAGUAAACAUUAAAAAUGGAACAUUUUCUCCUGACAAAAAUGUCUUGAACAUUUUGCAGCAUCGUUUAAAUAAAAAAUUGGGCAACGACAUAUCAUGCGGAGUUUGUAGAAAGUCCCUGUUUAUCAAAUAUACAUCAACACCAAAAUUCUAUUUCCGCUACGAGAUGUUUGCAACACAUGGAUGUCCGUAUCACACUUUACUAGAUAGGAUACGAAAAAUAGCUACGAGGAAAGAAAUUCUUCUACAAUUUAGACAUAAAGGUCAAAUCAAUCGCAUUUCACUGGUUUUGAUUUUCGAAGAUAUCCGUAAUAUGCCAGGUUUCAAACUGUUUGCUCAAACAGUAUCAUCUUUCUGUCAAACUCCCAGAGUCAUAGAUGCAUCAAUCCUGUUAUAUUGCCCAAUGAUAUCUUUAUCUAUGAAAGAAAUAAAUACAUUAGGAUUAAACAAUGUUAAUAAGGACCCAAGCAGUGUUGUUUUGCAGGUAAAUGGUUCAGAACCUAUAUAUCAUCAAGUAUGUAUUGAUAGUUACUUCUCAGCAAGGCAAGCCAAGUCAGCUUCGAUUGCAGUUAAUGGCUUCAAAAUGUAUUACAUGUAUGUGUUUCCGGUACUUAUAUUCUCAAUUUGCUUACGUAACACGUUUUAAUAUGAAAUAAUGAUAUUCAAGGCAAUAUUGAUCAGAUAAGACGGUACAGUCUUCGUUUCGAAUAAUAAAUAAAUAAAAUCAGUGAAAGCGUCCAUUGAGUGCAAAGUACCUUGAAUUUGGCAGCUUGUCUCUAAGUUCAAAUAGUUGGCGACUUACAUUUUACAAGUAGGUGGUAUCCUGAUGAUCUUCAGAAUAUCUGUUGUUUUCUUUUUGUAUCCGACACACUUUUACAAAAAGAACAAUUUCAUAUGGUUAUGCUUUAAUAUUAAUGAAAUUUUAAAUUUACAAGAACUACUACACAGUACAGUUGGAAGGAAAAUCCUAUUAAAUCAGUGAAGUACAAAUCGUAAUGGGCAUAUGGUUUGAAGUGAAUGAACUUGACCACUCCACUCGCCCUUUUAUAUUCAAACUUUACAGACGUUCAGUUAUAAAGACAGA